AUGGCCGGUCAUGGUAUUCCCCGCUACAGCUCAUUAGGAGAGCGAUCGGAAGAAGCUCUCCAACAAGAACUACAGAAGAUCCAAACUUACCGUGAUUUGGACAGACUCGUUCGUGAUAAGAUUGCUGAGCAUGAAUAUACGCCUGGAACACUGCAAAAGAUCUCCGACUUAUUGAGCCGUAAUCCAGAGUAUUAUACUGUGUGGAACUAUCGACGAAAGGUCCUGCAACAUGAGUUUAAAGUCGCAUCGUCAGGUCAAACCAAUGAGGCUGCGACGGAACAGAUAGCAAAUCUAAUCAGGAGUGAUUUGCAGUUCCUCAUACCUCUUCUUCGAAGCUUCCCCAAGUGCUACUGGAUAUGGAACUAUCGCAUGUGGCUUCUUGAUGAAAUCAAACGAUUGCUCCCUCGGUCGGUGGCUCGAAGAUUCUGGCAAGAAGAGUUGGCCCUUGUGGGUAAGAUGCUUAGUCUGGAUAAUAGAAACUUCCAUGGUUGGGGCUACAGGAGAUUUGUCGUAGAGUCUCUGGAAGAGCUCGCACCCGAGGAUCAGGAAACACAGAGCAUGGCGCAAGAGGAAUUCGGCUACGCGAAGAAGAUGAUAGGUACUAACCUGUCUAAUUUUUCUGCUUGGCAUUAUCGCACAAAGCUCAUUCAGCGACUUCUGAACGAGCAGUCAGCUACUGACGAGACUCGCAAGAAGAUGCUUGAUGAUGAGCUGGAUCUCAUCCACCGUGCUCUAUGCGACCCUUACGACCAAUCACUCUGGUUUUAUCACCAAAAUUUGAUGUGCACCUUUGAUCCUUCGAUCUCAGACCAGACAAUGGCGCCCAACCUCAGUAGGGAGGAUCGGUCAAGGUACCUCCGCCAAGAAAUUGACGAGAUUCAAGAAAUGCUUGACGGAGCAGAGGAUUGCAAGUAUAUCUACCAGGCAUUGAUCGAUUGUACGCUAUUGGCAACAAAGGUGGAGGGGGCUAUGUCCAGCGCAGACAAGGAGAACAUUUUGAGCUGGCUUUCCGAAUUGAAGAAGUUGGAUCCGCUACGCUGUGGGCGAUGGUCGGAUUUUGAGAAGUCACUCUACGUCGAAUCAUGA